CCGGUAGAUUUCGAGCUCCCCUUCUCCCCUUGGCCCGUUUGCAUGAAUUGUUCGUCUCCCAAAAUGGUUUGCGAGACCAAGAUAGUGGCGGAGGAUCACGACUCGCUCUCAGCCGCCAAGAAGGAGACCAUCAUUGUUUCCUCCGCGCAGAUGUGGCCUCCUGUCGCGGGCUCACCACCCGCUUCGCCCAGCGCGCCGCCGGCGGGCGGAGGGGAGAAGACGGCGGGCGUCUCCAUCCGGGAGUUCCACCCUUCGGAAGAAGAGGCGGCGCGGCGCAUUUUCUACGAGGGCAUCCUGGAGAGGAUCCCCAACACGGCCUUCCGCGGGUUGAAAGACCAGCCCUUGACGCAGCUGCUUUACGGGGCAAUGGCGGUAAUAUGCUUUGUUGUGACCAAGUCCUUGCUGAUGACCUGCUGUUUGCCCAUCUUUCUAAUGGGCAUGAGGUACUACUUCAGUAGAAAAGUUAUCCUCAGCUAUCUUGAAUGCGCCCUGAAUACGGACAUGUCUGAUAUUGAGCAAUAUUACAUGAAAUCCCCAGGUUCCUGUUUCUGGGUGGCAGUGUUAAACGGCAACGUGGUGGGCAUCGUAGCAGCCAGAGGCAACGAGGAAGACAACACGGUGGAGCUGCGUCGCAUGUCUGUGGACUCUAAAUACCGUGGUAAAGGGAUCGCUAAGGCUCUGGGCCGCAAGGUGCUGGAGUUUGCCAUGGUCAAUAACUAUUCCUCUGUUGUGCUGGGAACCACCGCGGUGAAAGUGGCAGCCCACAAGUUGUAUGAGUCGUUAGGAUUCAAGCAUGUUGGGGUGGUUGAACACUAUUCUCUGCCUGGAAUGACACAUUCUAUUCUAGAGCAAAUAUUUUUCCAGCUUCGCUACCACCGCUACUGCCUGCAGCUGCGGGAAGAAUGAGAAAGCGUCACCUUCAUUGUGUUCCUCCCCAGAACCUUCCUUGCCAAUGUUUUGUGGGGGUUUAUGUCAUGGUUGAUUUGCCAUUUCUUCAUUUCAUUUUCUUCAUUGGCUUUGUACAAUUCCUUGUACAAGCAAAGGGCCCUUCUUUUCUGAAAUGCUUGUAGGGUGAUGGCGCUAACGCUGGAGGUACAGUGGACUGCCCUUGGCCUUGCGUGGAUCAAGGUCGGGAUGGACACUAUCGCUCUCCCAGUCUUACCCAGGUUGCCUACAUAAGCACAGAAAUAUUAAUGCAUAACAACGCUGCUUGUCUGAUGUGUGUUUAAUAAUAAUAAUAAUAAUAAUAAUAUCCUCCCCCCUCAAGUAUUAAAAAAGCGAUACUUCAUGAUACAGCUAAGUGCAAACAUUUUAUGUGAAUGCAUUUCUCAGUAUUUUAUGAAGUAGUAUGCAUUCAUGUUUUCAUGAUAUAAUAACGGUUAAUAAUGCUGAAAGAAAAUGUGAAAAACCUGCUUGCUAUAAUGCAUGAAGAGGAAGUAUUUGCAUGCAUUCAAACACACUACCAAGUAGGCUCUAAUAAUGCACUUUUGGAUGUACCUCCUUGUGCCCAAAUUCUCAAGAAUAUUGGAGCAUCUCACACCUAGGACUCGUUCCUUUAUCCUCAUUUUCUUCUUAAGCCAGCAAAUAUGAACCCUGAGCCCAAUGUAACAUAUGUAAAUUACUGAAAUAUCAAAUAUGCGAAUGUAGAUAGACUUUGAGGUCCUCUGCCAGAUAUCUCCAUACACAGUGUAAUUUUUCCUUUAUUGAGUAGUUUUGCUUUAGUUUUAUUUUUGCUUUCAUGAUUCUAACUCUCGCUUUUGUGGACCGGUUUCACAGAGGCAAAAUGGAGACUUCUGUUUCUAUGGCAACACACCUGUACGCUAAUAUGUGCACCAAAUCUAAACGCUUCAGAAAAGCAAUAUGCAAAAGACAGAUAACUGGAGUUGCCAGUUCGGCUGAAGGUGGCUAGAAAAGCAAAGAUACUAUUUUAAUCAGUUGCUACUUGCUAGUGGGAUAAAUAUAGAAGAGCUGCCAUGCGAAGUCACUGCUGCUUUAACAAUGUCACAUUUGUGAAUUGUACAGCUCCGUGCAAAAAGCAAUGCAAUGCAACAGAGAUAUGGCAUGUUGUCUGGAAUCCAGCACUAAAACACCUAAGGUUGCAGCUUCUUCUGCCUUGAAAAUACCAAUGUUCUCAUUUAUUUCAAGAAAGCAACUUUGCAUUCAUGAUAUCUGAAUAGAAAUCAGGCAGCCUUUUGUUUUCAAAUGCAAUAUGUCAGAAAUGCUCAGAACAUUUCUGGUUGCACUUAGUUGAGGGGGGAGCUGAAGGAUUUGGCUUUUUAAAAAACGCUCUCAUUUAACAUUUCCUCAUGUUGAAAACGUUACGAUAGAAAUUAGGCAACCCGUUGGGAGGGCUAAGGUUUCAGAGAUGAAGAAAGCUGGGGAAGAACGAGAGCAGAAACACCGCCAUCGAGCCAAUCCUUUUGUAUGGCACCUGGGUGGUCAUAACUUUUGACGCUGGAGGACAAAAGCUGCAUUUCUAUUCAGUGAUAUGGAGACCCUCUGUACUUUGCUUCGGUAUCAAAAUGGGGAAUGGGUGGAAAAAUGGCAAAGGCCACACUGAGGACACAAAGGCUGCCCGGGACUGUCCUCAUCUCAGGCCCGUGUGAGGAGUUCCCCAUUGGUGUGCUUCCUGAGGACCAGCGGUUUCUUCAUCCUCAUCCAGGGAGAGCACUGAUAAAGGGAGUGGGAUUUCCAAGAUGCUCCAGUUCCAAGCACAGAGCAACUUGGACCAUGACGACUUUCAGGCUAAUAAUAAGGUUAUGACCAAAUAAAGUGAGAAGAAUGGGUCACAAGAGUAAAACAUGGUUUUCUGCUUCAACAGUGAAUGCCUUCCUGCCUCAGACAGUGCCAUGAUCUAAAAAUGGCAAGAUCAAACUGUGCCCCAGCAAUAAAACACUGGAUCAGUACUAUAGACUGAUUUGAUUAACAGAAUGUACUUAUUGGAACUGAGUGUGUGUCGAUGUAGAAUGUAUUUUUUUUAAAGAGAAAUUCUAUGCUGUACAUUUCUCUUGAAGCUCAAAUGUGUACUGUGGGAAAAAUGUAGGAUAGAGGUGUAAAGUGUACAGAAAUUGGUACAAUAUUUUAUAGCUGUUUUUGGUGAUUACAUUAAACUGCGUAGCCCAGACGAAUAUUAUAAAGUGUUAGGAAAAAAGGGAAAGGAAAGAACUGCUUGUGCCUUUUAAUUUUUCCUUUGUGUUCUUGUGUUAUCCUUGCACUAAAUGAUUUCUGGAGAAUUAAUAGUACUAUAUAGCCUAAUUAAUUGGAGAUGAAAGGAUAAGAAUGGUACAUGACCUCUGUGGAAUAUGAUUAAUUUUUAUUGAGGCACUUUAAGAAUGUGGCUGGUUUGAUGCUUGUACCUUUGUAGAUUUCCUAUUCCUAUGAAUAGCUGCGUGACAAAACACCAGAUAUGGAAGUUCUCCUAUAGAAGACCUUGACUGAAUUGUCACUGUAUGAUAACGUUUUUAAGACUGCAUAUGGGAGCAAGCUUUUGAAAAUACACGGGUUUCGAAGUGUUGCUUAUCCUGCUUCUGCUGAAUUCAUUCAUACAAUUAGUUCCAUGCCAAAGGAGGCAAGUUGGCAUCUCUCUCUUGCCCAUCUGGUUGUAUCCUCCUUCCACCUUCUUUAAGCUGUAAUAGCAAAGGGGCUGGCAGAAACAUCCUUCAUCUCUCUUUCUGGGCUUCUCCUGUAAGGUCUGAAACUCAACUUGCUUUUGGACGUAUUAUAUACCCACCAGGGAAGAAGCAUAAAUUCUGCAAUGAAGAAGUUAUGGGAGAAGGAGCUCUGAUUAGUGUAUGUUAAAGACAAGAGGAGAUUUUGAAAGCAGGAAGGGAGACAGCAUGUAGUGUUUCUACACGAAUGGUAAUAGCCUGAAAGUAGAGGUUGGUGAAUGGGAUUGCCUAACAUUCAAAGAGUGGCCAUACUCUUAAUCUAGGAAUAACGGGAAACACAUCUUUCAGCAUAAAUCUAGAAGGAACGAUAUCCU